AUGCAGAGGCGAUUCAUCACAGAGGACAGAUGUACAUAUGAAAAGGAAAUGAGAAGGAAAGUAUUGGACAAAGUCCUCAAGAAUAGUGACUUGAAGCUGCAUCUUAGUGAUUUGUCUGCUGACAUGCAUGUCUCAAAGAAUUAUCUCUGCAAGUUGCUUAAGGGUAGUGAAUUCUUCUGCAUCUCUGAAGACCGGUCAAUUGUAUCACUCAAUGUUGAGCUGAAGAUUUGCCAUCCAUAUGUCAUGCCAAAUGGUUGCAACCAGGAAGGAUGUACCCUACUUCACAUCUGUCCAAAAUUCAUAGAUGACAACUGUACGGAGAAAACCUGUGAGGAAGGACAUGAUUUUAAAACUGAACACAACAUUCGUGUCUUGAAGAAAUAUGACCUUUUGGAUGCAAACAUAGAAGCCUUGAAGAAAUUGACCAUAUCAUCUUUUGAUGUUGGGAAGGUGCCUGAUAUAUGUGGCUCUUAUAAUGUCAAUAAGUGCAAUACUGGAAAGCAAUGUGAUAAGAUUCAUAUUUGCAUUGGUUACAUUAUGGGAACCUGUUGUGAUGAGUUGAAAUGCAGCAUGAAUCAUGAUCUUCUUGAACCUGAAAAUUGUAAAAAAUUGCUUGAAAAUGCUGGUGUUGCACUUGAGCGCACUCCAAAGGACUUGAGGAAUCACUUGAAGAGAGCAUGGCAGGCAGAUAGGCAGUUACAGGCAGUGAUAGACAUGAAGGCCAAAGACAAGGAGGAGAGGGAAAGAAAGAGAAAGAAGGCAGAAGAAGCCAAGAAGAAAGUUUAUCAUGCCAAUGAGGAUGAUGGGAAUGUGGAAGUCCCAGAGGUGUGCAUAUUCCUUUUGAAUGGGCGUUGCUAUGAUGGGGAGAAGGGUCGCUGUAAGCGUCUUCAUGCUGCGAACUCUUUCCAUUGGCAAGUUCAGCAUCCCAAAUCAUUGAAGUGGGUGAAUUUAAGCAAGUCUCAGAGCCAGAACCUUGAGAACCUGUAUGUUGACCCCAACAUAGACAAAUCUACUUUAAAGGAUUUUGCACCAGAUGAAAUUCACUUGACAAAUAGAGUUCAACUCCAGAAUCUUUUCAAAAAUCAGGAAUGUAAGGCUGAUUUUGGGAAGAUGACACUAUUAGAUGUCAAAGCCAAUGUCUCCAUGAAUAUGCGAAGACUCUGUACAGAAUCCUCUGUGAUGACCGGAGGGAAGCAGUUUGCAACUAAGUGGCUGUGGUACUUCAAGGACCGGAGUGACAUAUGGAUGGAAUAUGGUUCUGCAACCCCUGAGCACAGCAGUCAGAGCAGUGUGAACUCUCAUGAAAUAGAGGGAGCUUUUUGCACUUCUCAGGGGAAAGGGACUUUGCCCUUCUCUACCGCUGAAUACAGUUAUGAAAUUGACUUCCAGAGGAUGGUGCAAAAGAACAAAGAUCCAAGGUAUGGCACUGAGAGGGAGGUGAAACGUCGCCCUGCCCCCCUAACGUCUGGAACAUCAGAGGUUUCCCCUGCAAGUUACAGGCACACUCCAAAGCACUGGGAUUCAAUGCAAAACACAAAUUGCAAGAUGGUCAACCUGUCUCCAUCAUCCCCGGAGUACAAAAAUGUUGUUGGCCUCCUACGUAGCACUGGAAAAGAUAUGGAAUUUGUGAUCACAUGGAUGAGAACCUUCCCAAAUUGUGAGCUUGGGAAUCAGUGCACAUUUGUUCAUCCCAAGUGCUGCUUCGAUGCUGCCUGCACGCAACCAGACUGUGUGUUUUCUCAUUCGGUUCCCUUGUUACCUUUGGAUGACUCAUUGACAGCCACAACAGACUUUCCCUGGCAAUUUCAACAUCCAGAACUCCACAAGUGGAUUUAUUUCACAGAAUCUCAGAGUCUCUACCUGGAGAAGCAUUAUGCUGACCCAAACAUUGAUAGGCUCACUCUAAAAGACUUUGGAGUUCCUGGCAAUGGUGAUGCAAGGAACUGCAUGGGGAUCCUGCAUUCAUUCAGGGAUUCUGAGUGGGAGGUUGAGUUCAUUAUGAUGAUGCUUUACUCUGUGCAAAGCAACCUUCAGAUGAAGAUUAGAAGAAUUGGGACAAAAUCAGCAGUCAUGAAUGGAAGGAGGAUGCUUACUUCUGUAUGGCUAUGGUACUUCAAGGACCAGACAGGUGCAUGGGUGGAGUAUGGCUCUUCAACUGGGGGAGUGUUGAGUAGUUCUGGUAGAGUGUUGAGUUCAUGCAAGAUCCAGAGUAACGUUGCAUCUCAAGAUAUUGAGAGAGCAUAUCUUGCUUCUCAGGGGAAAGGAACACUGCUCUUUCAUACUGAUCACCAUCCAUAUGAGCUUGACUUUCAAAGGAUGGUGCAGAAGAACACAAAUAUAAAAUAUGGUACAGAGAGAGAAGUGAAACGUCGUCCUGCCCCACCAACUUCCUCCAUACUAUCUGAAGUUCCUCUUGAAGGCUUCAGAUACACCCCAAAGCAUUGGCUUCCUAUGCAUGACCCAUCCAGCAAGUUCCGUUUGGUAACCUUGUCUCCCACUUCACAAGAGCACAUGGAUGUUGCUAGCCUCUUUCAAGAAGCUGGGGUAGGCAUUCAGAAAGUUAUUAGAGUCCAGAACCCAUACCUCUGGGAGGUUUAUCAGAGCAAGAAGCUGAUCUUGCUCAGUACAGAUUUCAAAAAUGAUCCUUCUAUGCUGAAUGAGAAAUUUCUCUUUCAUGGGACAAUAGCUACCAACAUACCUGCCAUAUGUGAGCAGAACUUUGACUGGAGGCUGCAUGGAACUUCUCAUGCAUCAUUAUAUGGCCAGGGGGUAUACUUUGCCACUGACCCAAAGUUGUCCAUGAAGUAUGCAAGAGGUGGGAGUUGCAUGUUUGUUGCUAAGGGUAAUGGGCAUGAACAUGAUUUCACAUCUGAUCAAAAUGUGUUCAUCAUGGACAUGUACAAUCCUGACAUAUACCCUGGAGAUCAUGUUGCAGAGAGAGGAAUCUCAUGUCCAGUCCGAGUCAAAUCUGGGACUCAGGAUGAGGCAUAUCUGGAAGCCCUAGACAGGUACUUGGAUGAAUCCUUAAACAUGUUCACACCUGAUCUGGUGGUGUAUAAUGCCGGCACUGACUCAUAUGCAGAGGACCCUGAAGGCUGCUUGCUCAUCUCCAAGCAGGGCUUGAUAAGGAGAGAUGAACUCGUUUUUGGGAAAGUUCGUGGUCAUGGAAUUCCUAUUGCUAUGGUCCUCAGUGGAGGUUCUCUACGAAGGUCUCCUCUGCAGGAAACAAAGAUAUCUCCCAUGAGUUCAACCCAUCCAUUCCACAUGCUCCGAAAGUGGUCCUUCCCAUACAUAUUCUCCAUUGGUGCUCUCAUUUUUGGGCUCCAGAUAACAGAAGAACCAAGCUUCAACCAGUGA